UUGAUGAGGAAUACUACAUGUUUUUCUGGCUGCUUCAUAGUUUGGUAGUCUGUCUCUAGCAGAGACUGUAUAUAAUAACACAACAAGGUUAACUUAGGGUUACUUAGCCUCAGCUAGCCUUAGCACAGCUGUAUGCCAACACUGUGAAGAGCAUUACAUUACAUUACAUUACAUUACAUUACAUUACAUUACAUUACAUUAAGAGCACACUGAGCUGCAGACAGGAGCAGCAGAUCACUGAUAUCUGAAGAUCACUGAUAUCUGGAGAUGUUGUCGCUGGUCCUCAGGUCUCUCACCAAAUACAGGACGUCCUGGCUGCCCGGUCAAGCUGUGGUCAGGGCCAUGUCGUCCUCAGGUGGAGCCAGCUCUCCUUACACCACCCUGGCCAUCAGUCACCCAGCAGAUUCCAUCACACACGUAGAGUUGCACCGCCCUGAGAAACGCAACGCCAUGAACAGAGCCUUCUGGAGUGAGAUGGUGGAUUGCUUUAAUGAGAUAGCUGGGGACCCGGUCUGCAGAGUGGUGGUGGUUUCUGGAGCUGGGAAGGCCUUCACAGCUGGUAUCGACCUGAUGGACAUGGCCGGCGACAUACUCAGUCCAGAGGGCGACGACGCGGCCAGAAUAGCCUGGAACAUGAGGAAAGUAAUCACCAAGUAUCAGGAGACGUUCUCCGUCAUAGAGAAGUGUCCAAAGCCUGUCGUAGUGGCCAUCCAUGGAGCCUGUGUUGGGGGAGGUGUUGAUCUGAUCACAGCCUGUGACAUUCGUCUGUGUACCCAGGACGCCUGGUUCCAGGUGAAGGAAGUUGAUAUUGGACUAGCAGCAGACGUCGGAACCCUCCAGAGACUUCCUAAAGUCAUUGGCAGCCGCAGCCUGGUGAACGAGUUGGCUCUGACCGCCAGGAAGAUGUUUUCCGAUGAAGCCAAGAGCAGCGGACUAGUCAGCCGAGUGUUUGCGGAUAAGGAGGCCAUGAUGGCUGCAGCUCUGGAGAUGGCCGAGGAGAUCGCUGGUCGCAGCCCAGUUGCCGUGCAGGGCACCAAAGUCAACCUGGUCUACUCCAGAGACCACAGUGUGGCAGAGGGGCUGGACUACAUGGUUAACUGGAACAUGAGCAUGCUUCAGACUCAGGAUGUGAUGAAAUCAGCUCAGGCCUCCAUGGAGAAGAAGAGUCCCAAAACAAUAACCUUCUCUAAACUCUAAAACCUCCAAACACAAGAGAUGCUGUUUUAUUCCUCCACUGGAGCCUUUGUGGGGAAAAGCGGGAACCACAUGGGAUUUUGUGUCUUUCUAAAAACUUAACUAAUGAUCUGUGGUCAUAUGAGGAUGAUUUAAUGAGACUUGUAAAGGGAGAAUUCACAAGCUUUUAUGUGGAUGUCCAAUCAGUGCUGUUGGUAAGUGUAGUCCGCUGAAGAAAUAAUUAGACUCCAGUGCGUUUUUUAUGACUCUCCUGCUAAAUAGCUGUGCCUACAUGUACCAGGAUGCAAUGCAAUGUAAUGUAAUGCAUUGCGCAGGAGCAGCGAUUUGCUACUUCUGACAAUUUUGUAAAAUGAACUCACACCUAAACCGAAAAAAUACACCUUCUGAAUUCUAGUUCUCUCUUAUAACGAACCAUGACAGGCUCAAUUACUCUGUUAACUCAUCCUACAAACACUCAACAUGAUCUGUAGUCAUAUUUUGCCAUUUUUUGCUGUUUGAAACGUGACACUCUUUUGAGCAAUAUUGCUCCCACAGCUACCAAAGCCGAGUGUAGCACUCCAAGUGAGUCACUGGGAUGAGGAAGAACAGCAGAGUUUGAUGCUAUACCCACAAAGAACAGCAGCGACAACUUCAGGAGUUUUUCCAACUAUAUACUAAAGUAGGAUAGGUAGAGGGAAAGUUUAAAAGUGGCUACUUCCUUUUAAUAUAUGGAGGCUUGAAUCCAUGGUUGGAAAUAUGAUUCCUUCCUUCCUUCAAAGCGGUUGGUUUCCAAAGAUCUGCAUCAUUGCUUUGGUGAAAAAAGCCUCUGAAACAACAGGAUGCUAUACUUUCCAUUUAAAGUAAGGAAUUAAAAGUCAUCCAUGUGUAAAAUAAGAAUCAUGAGUUAGUUCAGGUUAACAUCUUCUCCCAGCUGACACCUUACAAACUGAAAUAUGAGAAAUGACUUCUCAGUCAGUCGCUGUAAAAUGGUCUCAGCCGGUUUUGUAAUUCUGUAAAUUGACUUCAUGAAUGUUUAAUCUUAUUAAAGAAACUCAUCUGAAAGUUGAA